UUACAGAGUUACUCAUUCCCCUGCGGCGCCAUCAGUCGUGGCCAAAUCCACAUUCGUCUUCUCAAUAUCCGCCACUGUGGUAGCCGUCCAUCUUCUCUAUCGCCGGCAGGAGAAACAACUGCCUUCAUCGUCGGAAACCAGGCUGCAUCACCGGAGUCGCCAUCAAGUCUUUUAACAUAAAAGCAGCUCCAUUUCGCUCAGUGAGAAGAAAGAUGAGAAUUUCAUCCUUUUGUUCAUUUUUCAAUCUAUUCUUUUACCAAUAAGAUGAAGCAAGAAGAAGUGAAUCUAUGCCAGAUUCAGGAAUGGUACCCGAAAUUUAAAUCUGUAUCCAUUAAAACCUUGAUUCAUGAACUUCCUGAGUCCUUUGUUGAGUACCUUCUUGAUGAUCAUGGGCCAUUCCUUCUUCCUGCUUCUGUCAUGAAUGAAGAUGCACUUCCCAACAGAAUCCAUAAUCCUGAAGAGGAGGAAGAUUAUCAAGUGUCGGAAGGGUCUGGAGAUGAGGCAGAGCAGCCUCCAUCACCCCCUUCUUUCCCAGAACUUGAAUUGAAGAUUAAAGAAUCAAUGGAAUCCCUUGGGGGUGCUGUCUUCCCUAAGUUGAAUUGGAGUGCACCAAAAGACUCUGCUUGGAUUAGCACCACUGGGACCCUCCGGUGCACAUCCUUCAGUGAGAUUGCACUUUUGCUACGAUCAUCCGAUUCAUUGAUCCAUGAUCUGUGCCAUGCAUAUGACUCAUGUAGUGAUAAAUCCUUGUCAAGGCCCCCCAAUUUCUACCUUGCCCUACGCAAGUGGUACCCCUCCCUGCGGCCAGAAAUGGAAUUCCGUUGUUUUGUAAGGGAUAGGCUCCUGGUUGGAAUUUCCCAACGUGAGGUCACUGGAUUUUAUCCUGCUCUUCUUGAAAAGAAAAGUGCUCUUGAAGUGGUGAUAAGGGAAUUUUUUAUGGAUAAAGUGAGUCAAACUUUUGAAUUGGAAAAUUACACAUUUGAUGUUUAUGUUACAAUGGAUGAUCAAGUUAAGCUUGUGGAUUUCAACCCUUGGGGUGCAUUUACACUGCCAUUGCUGUUCACGUGGGAGGAGUUGGAGCAGAAUUGUGCAGAAGAGGGACAUGGUGUGGAAUUUAGAAUUGUAGAGAGCCAAUCUGCAGUUCGACCUGGGUUGAAGACUGCAGUUCCUUAUGAUUAUUUGGCUACCGGCCCAGGAAGUGGUUGGGAUCAAUUUUUGAGGAAUGCUGACCAGGAGUUGGAGAGACAGACCAGGUCUCCAGAAGCUGGUGGUUAAGAUUUCAUUGUUCUGGUUUUGUGGGUCAGUAUUGCAAUCCUCCCCACCCGCAUCCCACCAAAACACAUUGUUUUUUCAUAUAUUUGUUUUUAGAUGAUAGGUAAAAUAUUUGAUACAGAUGCUUCAUUUGUGAUGUGCAAAAUCUAAUAUUAUGAUGGAUUCCAUGUUCAGCCAGCUUUUCUUUUCCAA